AUGGGUGAAGAGGUUGUGGAGAGAGCGCUGAAGUGCUUGGGUAGGGGAUUCGACGUGACGAGAGAUUUCAGGGCUAAGUACUGCAAGGGAAAGGAGAGUCUAGUCCUGCUUCGCAAGGAGACAAGGGAGCUCCAAGUUCCGGGCUUCGGAACUGUUCACGGCGUUUCCGUCGAUAUCAAGUGCGAUAAGGGCGAGCGCACCCGAUACCGGUCAGACGUACUCGAGUUCUCUCAGGUAGAUCACAAGUUACCAUAUAUGGGUACUUCCAGUGGCUAUUAAUCGGUCUCUGGGUCUCCUUCCUCCUCUUGUGUCCAAAUCCUAGACCUAAAAUGUCCGGGGAUAGAGGUUGCUCUCCCGGCCAACAGCCGGCUCCGGUGAAGACACAGAUUAGGCCAAGGUUCACGAGCCUUCUGCUGAAAGCGGAGAACGGAAUUGAAUACAUGCCCUCGUUCUUUAAGCAUCUUCCGGCUACCCAAUCCUCUAAUAACUAGUCCUCUCUGGGCUUCUCUCUUCUUCUAUGAUUCUCAGUUCCUGAAAAUUUCUGUCCAUUGAGAACUUGCUAGCUCGAUUUUCCGGCAGAAAUCCUAAACCAACUCGAGUAUUUUGUUGAGGAAGCCGUGUUCUUCCUAGCCUUCCGGGAUUCUCCAGUUCAUGGAGAGGUUCCCCCCCGGCUUCGAAGCCUUCUCCUCACCGUACAUCAACGCAGCAAUGGCGUGCGGAGAUAGCCUUGCGGAUUAUCAAGUUGGAAAACGUGGGACCCCUCUUUUUCCUAUUAGCUUCUUGUAGGUUCGAAAGGAGCACGUUAGUUGACUAGUCAAACUUAGACCUUCUACUUUGUUCCGGUGGACUUGGUGAGAAACCUAAUCUUCUCUUCUACCCGGAUGAUCAUCAAAUCUUGACCAUGACCUCAAAGUCGCAUCUCGAUGGCGAACGGUACCUAUAUGAUGAGCUCAAUCAUAGCCGGGAUCCAUAGGGCCAAUCUCGGAUCUUGUUCUUUCUGCUCCACGAACUGGGAUAAUGAAACGGGUGCGUGAUCAUGGUUGGUUUACUGAAUUGCAGAUGUCGGAGCUGAUCAACCGGAGGAGCUCGCUGGCCGGGAAGAUCCCCUCGGAGCUCUUCAACUCGAUGUUCUACUUCAACGGUGGCGACUGGGCCCGCGAUGCCGCCCAGACAAAGUGCCUGGCCCUCGACGGCUUUUACAUCUCCCUCUUCAAUCUCCGGAUCGACCGGUCGUCCUUCACCCUCGCUGACCAUGUCUCCGACGCCGUCCCUUCUGCCUGGGAUCCCACCGCGCUUACCAGGUGCGUCUUUCACGCCUCCUGCUCUCCACAAUAAGCUCUCAGCCGGAGCCGGCGGAGACAAAGAUCAUGAAGACGUCAUGUGUGGAUGCGCUGUUGUUUUUCUUCGGCAAAGUCAACGCGGUCCAUCCACGGCCGAGCUUCUACUUAAGUUUGGCGCGGUCACCCUUUGGUUUAAGAGAAAUAACUCCGUCUUUACCCACGGAAUCGACGAUUCCCAAGUUGUCUCAUGGCACUUUUUUUAUUGCUUAUCGCCGCCAUCAUCAUCAUCAUCAUCAUCUCUCUCUCUUUCUCUCUCUCGCCGCUAUAGUCACCGAUCGAUCGAUCUUAUAGGUUGUGAUUGCGUGAUGCAGAUUCAUUGAGAACUAUGGAACCCACGUCAUCGUGGGGUUGAGCGCCGGAGGGCAAGACGUGGUGGCGGUGAGGCAGGAAAAGUCCUCCUCUCUUCCCCCGUCGGAGAUCAAAGAACAUUUGGAUAUGCUCGGGGAUCAGCUCUUCACCGGCUCCUGCAUGCUUCCAUCCCUGCAGAUGAAAGCCAAGGAAAACCGGCCCAAGGUUACCGCAACCUCCUCCCGUCCUCUUCUUUCUCUCAUCUCCGCCUCAGUGUUGAGAGAGAGAGAGGCCUGCUGUUUAUACGCUUAAUGCUCCACAGUGCUACAAAUUUGAGUCAGCUGAUGGAUUCAUACAGGUUCCCGAGGCUUUCAACGUAUUCACCCCACAACCCGUGCUGCCAGAAGGCUUCACUUCGAUUUCUACCAAGUCGGUAAGCCAUAGCCCAAGAAUUUUACGCCAUUGAAUUCCGAAUCUUCGAGUAGCCUUCGAUAAUCCGGAAGCCUGACGAUUUCUUUCCAAUGUUGCAUGGUUUUGGCAUCAUCUCCUCUCUAAUUGCUUCCUGUUUCCUGUCUCUUAGGGCAUCACGGUCAUCUGCUCGAAGAGAGGCGGGGACACCUCCGUGAGCAGCCACUGCGAGUGGCUCCCCACAGUCUCCUCGAUGCCGGAUGUGAUAAACUUCACCCUCCUCCCCAUCACCUUCCUCCUCAAGGACGUCCCGGGCAAGGGGUUCCUAUCCCACGCCAUCAACCUCUACCUUCGCUGUACGUCUCCCUUUCUUACCAAAGACCUAAUCUCCAUGCGACAUAAUCACAAGGCUCGCCCCUAUAAAAUACUACGGAAAAUUAUACUUUUAGAAAAUUUCAUCUCCCUGUUUAGUAAAAAUAUCCAUUUCUGCGAACUCUAACUUCUAGGGAUAACAAUCUGGACAUUAUCAUCACUAUCACAAAAAUGGCAUCAAAACAGUCACAAUACACCCGAUGAGCAUCCACUGAAAGAGCCCACAACGUGACGAACGACUUGUCUUAAUCAAUGGCGUGGAAGUGUUUACGUGAGGAAGACCCUUAUGGACUAAGGCCGCCUCUUUCCAUUUUUUUCCCUUUUUGUGCUUCUCAGAUAAGCCGUCGAUCGCGGAUCUUGAAUACUUCCUAGAGUUCCAGUGCCACAGGGCAUGGGCUCCCAUGCUCAACGACCAUCCCCUGGGCCCCAGCUCCAACAGGUCCCUCGCAAAGACGGCGCUGCAGUUCUGCCUGAUGGGACCCAAGCUCCACAUAAACACAGCCAAGGUAGCCAGCCAGCCACUCGUCUUCCCCACCUCCCUGCCCCACACAGCCCACAAAUGCAGAGAUCUCACCUCCUCUGUGACCUCAGGUGGUUGUGGGAAGGAGACCCGUGACGGGGAUGAGACUUCACCUCGAGGGAAAGAAGAACGAUAGGUCGGUAGUAGAACGGACCGACAAAGUUUUCUUGAUAUAUGGAGAUCAUGACUGAAUGUAAGUGUAUCAAAACGCAGGUUGGCUGUUCAUCUCCAGCACAUCUCCACGGCGCCGUCGUUCCUCGGGGUGGAGGGCCAGAUGCGGUGGAGAGGCUCCGAGGAUAUCCCCGACGGGGGGUACAACGAGGCGGUGAAGUGGAAGAUGUUCUCCCACGUGUGCACCGCGCCGGUGAAGUACGAUCCACGAUGGGGCAGCGGCGCCUUCAUCGUCGCCGGCGCGCAGCUCCACGCGGUGGCGCGCGAGUCCGGGAACAUGCUCCACCUUCGGCUCCUCUUCGCGGAGGUCCCUGGCUACAAGAUCCGCAGAUCGACGUGGGAGCGGAGCGGGCCGCAGUCGUCGCAGCUGUCGCAGCGGCUGGGCGUGUUCUCCGCCAUCAGCUGCGCCGAGAGGGACACGCCGGUGGCGGUGGUGAUUGACUCCGCCGUCUUCCCGGGGGGCCCCCCCGUGCCGGUGCUCGCGCAGAGGCUCCUGAAAUUCGUGGACACCGCCGAGCUCUGCAAGGGCCCCCAGGACUCCCCCGGAUUCUGGCUUGUCACCGGCGCCAGGCUCGCCAUGCACCUGGGCAAGAUCUGCCUCCACGUCAAGUUCUCUCUCCUCACCUCCUGCUAG